AGAAUUGAUCCACUGGUCAACAACCGGCAAGAAUUUGCCCUAAGAACCGUUUGAUCAUAUUGGUUAAACCUUUGUUUACAUUUUCUUCACGGUGGAAGAAGCUGCACACUAGCCAGCAACGUUAGGUUUUUGGAGAAGUAAGAAAAGCGGGAGAAAUCAGCCAUGAGUCGUAGCUUAGGCAUACCGGUGAAGCUUCUACAUGAAGCGACAGGGCAUAUAGUGACGGUAGAGAUGAAGAGUGGAGAACUUUACAGAGGAAGUAUGGUGGAGUGCGAGGAUAACUGGAAUUGCCAACUCGAGAGCAUCACUUACACAGCUAAAGAUGGGAGAGUGUCACAACUAGAGCAUGUUUUCAUUCGAGGCAGCAAAGUCAGGUUCAUGAUAAUUCCUGAUAUGCUUAAGAAUGCUCCCAUGUUCAAGCGGCUAGAAGCAAGAAUCAAGGGAAAAGGCACAUCACUUGGUGUUGGUCGGGGGCGUGCUAUUGCUAUGCGAGCUAAAGCUCAGGCUGCUGGUCGUGGAGCACCACCUGGUCGAGGUACUGUGCCACCUGUAAGAAGAUGAUUGCUUGAUGCGGGAUUUUAUUUCAUCUGGUUUAGCAAUCGUAAAAAUUAGUGUAAGAAUGUUGGAGUAGGUUCCUAUGGUUGGUCCUUGGUCCAAUAGUCUGAGUCACAUUCGUCUACUUUGUAACUUACCUUUUCACAUACAACUUGAGAAGCCUGGAAUAUGAAUGCUUUCCAAAUUGCCUCUUGUGCUUGUACUUCGCCUGUGUUAAGAAAUAUGGAUUGGUCCAGUUCUUCACUGUCA